GCACCAGCGAACAAGAUGGCGGUCGAUUAAGAGACAGCUGUGUUUUGAUGUCGGUUUUUUGCCUGUUGUGUCGUUCAAAGUUUAAGCUUUACUAUGCUGUAAGCAAUGGUAAGUAUUAUUUUAUCAAUCUAUUACCUAUAUACAGAAACUCCGUGAAGCAGAGGAUUAAAAUCAGCCUUAAUUCCAUGAAGCAAUGUGGCUCACAUUGAUGCAUGCAUGAAAGCUUUCACUCUCCGCAUGUAUCUUUUACAUACGAAUAGAGACGUCUUGAUCGCUGGCUUCUUUUGUUGUCCUUCUCCCUUUGCCGAUAAAUAUCUUUCUUUUUGCCGACAUAAUCAACAAAAUUUGCCAUUAAAAGUCUCGUGCUUCUAUUUAACACUCACCUUUUAAUAAUUAAGCUUUAUUGUUUGCAGAAAUUAUUGACAGUGCUGUCGUCUGUCGGUCUAUCGUUUCUUUUCUUAGCAAAAAAUCAAACGCAUUAACUACCAUUAACCCUCAAGGGAAAUCAUUUCCAAAAAUCAUAUAUGUUAUAUAUCAGUUUCAUAUGUACAUCUACAAACAAAGUAGCUGACACCAAAUAAAUGGCUCAGUACAUGUAUAUUUCAAACGUUUCUACUGAUCCCUACCCAUAUUUUCGUUGAAAAUGAACCUUUAUUUCACGGGACACCUCUACAUGUAUACUAAGCUGACUUCACUGAAGGUACAGUCCCGUGAGUAUCUGCUUAUACAUGCAGGUUUCACUUUUCAUUGAUCUGUACCUAGCUAAGCAUUGACAAGAAAUAAGCCCCCAGGGGCACUUAAAACGGAGGAAAUAAUAACAGUAGAUCUAUUUUCAAAUUUGUAUACAGCGAUUUUUGUAUGGUACCCUGGAAACAGAAACAACAAACCAAGGGAAACAGAGUGAUUUGAUUGCUUUGUUGAAUGGAUACAAAAUGCAAGUGGUUCAUGUCAUGAUUGGUUAAGCACACGCUUGGCCAGAAAAAACUUCAUGCCCGAAGGACUCUCUAGAAAUCAAUCGAUACUUUGCUUUGACAUCAUACUGCAACACGAUUGGCCAAUCGAACUAUGCCUUCCCAUAUUAGGGUUUUCUUUGGCGGGAAAACAAAGAGUUCAUGUUUUGAUCUUUUCUUACAUUGGCUGAUAAAACAAAUACUGAACACUUACCGAAACCAUUUUUCAAGGUCAUAUGAAAAUCGCUCUGUUCUAAGUAAUGGACCAUCCAUGUGACUCAAGUCCUGAUUGGACCUGUCAAGUGAGGCCCUGUCGGGGUAAAACAAUGACAAGCGACAUGGCCUUGAAACAGGGGCAUGUGACAAGAUGAAAUGGCAACAACGACACAAAGAUGGGUUAAAUACUGACAGGGAUAUGGCCUACUCCUUAAAAUGCAAAACGACCAUAUUUGAAACUCAGACUAGGGGCAUACGUACUUAAAAAGGGCCUUGACAGUGACUGACAUUUCAGCUCUCCUAACCCUAAAAGCCAAUUGGUUUAAUACCCUAACCAAGAACACCUUAGUAUGAGCAUGCAGCUCCUACAUUACUCGUUUAUUCGUCAUCUUCAGAGUCACUGACUGUGAAUGUGACCCAUGCACCCCCACUUAUGACAUGACUCUCUCCAUGUUUGUACAUUCUGUCAACAGGAAAAAUCUUCAUCCAGUGUUAAGUUACCCAACAUAGAGAAAACAAGUGCCAGGGGUGGAAACAGUGAAAAUGAAAGGUUUAAAGCAAGAAACUGGAAAGUGUUAAGUAAAAAGGAGAUACAGAAGCUGCCACCACAACAAAGAAGCAAAUACCUGGCAGUAAGAGAUAUUUUUUAUACUUAACAAACACAGCAAGACCUAAUACAGGGCUCAAAGUUAGCGACUAACUGGUCGCAUAUGCGACUGGAUUUUUGGUUGUGUGCCUAAAAAUUCAUUUGUAAUCGCACCUGUGCGCCGUAAUACCCAAAGCACAGUGCGACUGACUUACUUCCGGCUAUACUUACGAACUCAAACUAGAAAGACGGUGUAUGUUUAAUUGGUCUUUUCUCCCAAUGGAUUCUACGAACUCGAAUGUUCUUUUUCGUUUCGAUGUUUUACACCAUCCCAGACUCUUCUGUUUUGUAAUAAACACCGCUGACAGAUGCAAAUAUAUGCUACGAACGAAACAAGUACUUUUUGCGGAACGGACGAUCAUGUCGAACGUUCAGUUUUAACAUCAAUCAAACAAAAACAGUGCGGAUUAAGAGCCUUUUUUCCAGGUAAGAACCGUGUUCCCCCUAAAUUUUAGUGCACCAGGUAAGGGACUAUUCAUGGCCGGUAAGGCAAAAAAAUAUGUGCCAGAAGUGCACUUUCCUGGGGGAGGGGAGGUAGUGGAGUGAGGGACAUGGCUUUGACCUUGCUGUGAAAUUUAGAAGCUAAGUUCUCUGAAAUGUCAUUCUCUCAUUUUAAGACCUAUUUUACGUAAAUCAGUCGUUAUUUUUAGACAACACUAAAAAAUGUUUGAUUCCAAACAAUAUUACACUGUGUUCAACACUCUAGAAAAGCUGUGUGUCCUUUAGUACACUUCCAUAUAUUCAUUCAUUACUUUGAUCGGAUCAGAUCGAAACUUGCGUAUUUUUUUAAAACAACUUAUUUAGUAAACCUUCAAGCGGUUGUAGGCGGUAAGAAGUGUUGCUUCAGACUAUAAAUUUUACCGGUUACCGCCUGAUAAAGAGACCACUGUAAGAAAGUUUUUUAAGUCGUAUUCCAGUUACAUGUAAGUCAUUGCGCAUUUAACAGAUUCAUUAAAGAUUAAUUUUCAUUCUCGUUCGACACACUCAUUAUUGUCAGUUUUGAAUUGUUUUUCAAGUGUAAGUUUUCUUUAGUCACAACUGUGCUGUCAAAAAGAGAAAUUAGUAUUAAAAAUCACAACGGUAUUACUGCGUAGCAAAUCGGCUGUGUUUUAUCAAUCACAGGACUGAAGUAAAAGUAACAAACUGAAGAUGACAAAUAAACGUGACACUGUUAAGCUUUUUACUUUUUCUAUUGAAAUAGAUGCUCCCAACAUUUUAAGCUGUGCUCCUAAAAUUUUCAGCUGUGCGCGUAAAAUUUUGGCAGUGCGCCUAAAAAUUUACAUCUGGUAGCACAAGUUCUCCCAAACUCAAAUUUAAACUUUGAGCCCUGUAAUAAACCAUUUCAAUUUUUAAACUAAAAAUCGGUAAGGGGUGACAACUAGUCUUUCAAUUAAAAUACAGCUUUCACUUCUGUCAUUAGUUUUACAUGAAUCAUGCUCAAGUAGAUUAGUUAUCAUUCUGUCCAGCAUGACAUUGGUGUGAAGCUGCUAUUUACAAAGGGUUGCUCAACCAGGCAUUGUUGUUUUUCCCCUGCAAAGAUGUUCUUCCUUUGCAGGGAAAAAUUAUUGUUUUACAAGACAAAAAACAUCUGCAAGCGGAGGAAUUUAUGAAAUUAAGGGUAACAAAUCAAUGAUUGAUUCCUUGCCAAAGUAUUUUUUAAACUAAUGUUUAGCAACUGUGUCUCUGUCAUAUUUUGUAUUUCAGUAUGAACCAGCUCCUAAAGAAUGCAGUGAAGCUAUGUCAGCUGCAAGAAAAAGACUGAAGGAGUUAGACAAAUCACAAAAAAAGUAGGUGUAAAAUUUUAAAGUGUUAAAAUUUUCCUCUACCCCUAAAAGGGUUUACAGGAGAAAUGAAACAAACAUUGCAAAGAAUAAAGCAAGUUCAAGUUCCAAACUGACAGGGUUACCAUCUUUCUACAAAUUAAAAGUAUCUUUUAUAGUUUGCUCUGUUAAAGCACUAAUUAAAUUUGUAGCACACUCUGGAAAUAUGGUUUUAUAUUCACCACAACUUAAUUAAUUUUACUGUGUUUCGAAUGGUUCGAAACGGUCUUUAAUUUGUUCUUGAGAGUGCGAAGGAGGACUGGAGUUGAACUUGAAAUGGUCCAAACACUGUAGCUGCUAUGGUGAUCAAAACAAGGGCUAUAGCCUAGAGUGACUCCACGUAUGCCUAGUGCCCAAGACAACUCAGUCAGUUCCUGCCUCUUCUAGCCUCCCACGCAGACAUGCUUAGGGUUCAUCACGCGUUCCUGAUGAACCCCUAAGAAUGUCUACGUGGGAGGCUAUGCCUCUUCAUCUUUUUUUGUCAUUUUUCCCUUUGACUGUGGGCUCAGGCUUUUAGUAUAAAAUAACUUGUUAAUUUGUUCCUUGCAUUGUAAAGACAUCACAAGCCACCACCCAUGGAAGAGGUUGUUGAGAAUGAAAAACACAUCAAGAUCAUAGGACAGUUAAAGUAAGUAAGAAGCAUGAGUGUAAUUCGUACAAACCAUGCAUGCUUAACAGUGAGUGUUUCUUUCAAACAAAUUAGAAACACAAAAAUUCAUGCAACUCUGACUGGUAAAAUCAAAUCCUGUCUGAUUGUCCUUAUGGCACAUCCUUUUCAGAUCUGUUGCCAUGUUAGCGAAAAAUUUUGUACCAUUUUGGAGCCUAGUAAAAGCCCACCUUAAGAGUUUGCUGAGUCACUGAACUUGACUCUAUUGGGCCGGGAAUACAUAAAGUUUUUGAGGAAUUGUAUGAUCUUCCUACAAUGGUGUACAGUUUCCUUUUUGAUUUGAACUGUGAUUUGCUUACAUCAACAGGGCAGCUGAAGCAAGAAACAGAAUCAGGCUCACAAGACUUAGAUACCAAAACAACCGGGUAAGAUCGCGGCAAAAGAGGAGUCGUUUUUAACCCAGUCAUUAUUCAUAUUGACUGGUUCUGCAAAUAAUGGAGAAACCUUGAACUGGUCAUUUCAGAUGGGUACAAAAAACCAUUAAUAACUAAUUCCAAACCAUCUCAUAGUGCUUUCACUGAUCUUACUCUCAGGUGUGACAUAAAAAGACCCCUAGAAACAUACAUGUAAGCACCUCUGGCAUUUUAAGUAUCAAGUACACUGUAUCAAUAGAAAUUAGAAAACAAAGAAUUCAACACAAUAGAACCUAGGAAAACAAAAGGUGCAAAACAAAGAAAACGCUGAUAGGUCCUGCAUGAAGAUAUUAAACCCUGAAAUAUGCAAACACGGUAUCUCAAAACCUGUGCAAAAAUUUACUUUUUUAUUUACCAUGAAUCCUCUAUUAAGCCCCCUGGGGGGCCUAUUUUUUUUCAAGCACUUUUUGGGGUGGGGGGGGGGGCUUAAAAGAGAGGGGGGCUUAUUUAAUUUAGUGAAACGCAUCAACGGGAGCAAGGUUUCUCAAGGACUGACUUUUUGUUCCCUGGCGUUAUACUGCUUUUUCUAAGAAUUCGAAAAUUUUAACAAUUCUCCACAGAGAACUGGAGCGUAAAGUUGAAAAAGUGAAGCACAUAAAGUUGGAAGUCAUGCGGCCGAAGACCAAAAACAAUAUAAAUUUCCAGCCUGAAUAAAUAACUGAUCAGUCCACGUUUAUUGGUUGUGAAGAAUAAGGAUAGAGGAGAGGGAAAGGGGUUUUUUUAAAUUUGCUUCCUCUGAAAAGGGGGGCUUAUUUGAGAGGGGGGGAUUUACAGUAUUAAUUUAUUUUUCAGAGUUCAGAAGUUACCCACUUGAUUUCUUGCCAGCCGACAGCCCUCAAAGCAGUUCGACUGCAGAGUUUGGUCCCACCCAGCCCUGACAAGAUCUAUAUAAGGGAUCUACUGGUUAAAAAUGAGGUAAUUAUGUACCAAAUCCUCCCAUCCCCCCUCCCCUUCGGGGCAUACCUGAGGUUUGCUCCAUACGGUGUGGAAUUUGACCCAAAAUGAGGCCCACCCAUUCGGGCAUUUGACUUUCAUGUCAAAAUGCUGGUCAGCGUCGCAAGCAAAAGGAUUCACAAUUGCUUCAUACAGCAUGUGCACCGCUGUUCACGACUCAUUGCCCCUAUGCUCACUGUUCUGCUAGAGCAAUUGAGGACCUUUGAAGGGCUUUCUGGAACGUACAAUGUUAUUGAAAUGAACAAACCUCCGUAAGACAGCUUUCUGAGACAUAAGAUAUUCGGUUGUGUUUAGUAGGAUAUUUACACUUGAAUAAAUGGUUGGACCCAUGGGAAAAUUUUUGAGUAGUCGCUGGUGUGGGGGAUUUGACGCAUUUUGAACAAAUUUUAUAUCUUAACCCGAAUACUCUGAAUGAACAGAUAAAACACUUACAAAAAUUCAGCGUGCAUCUUGUCCAAACUGAAUGCAUGCAUUUAUAAUCACAGUAAGAAAUUUAUACCUGGUAAAAUUCCUUUAACUGAAAAAUCAGCAACGGGGUUUUAAAGAAAAAAAAUUCAACCUCAGGGAAAACACAGAUUGAAUGACUCAAACAAAAAAUUUGUACCUGUAAGUGAUUUUUUAGAAACCUGGUUCAAUUUCGCACUAUUUAAAAAAUUAAAAAUUCAUGGUUAUAUGGAGAAGCCAUAGAUGGUGUCGCCCAUAUACAGUACCGCUCAAAAGUAAGUUACCAGUCGCGUCUCGUUUCCUGCGCGACGAGAAUCGCGUAGCGCGAGAAUCAUCGAACCGGAAAGUUUUGGUAAGACAGUGUUGGAUUCUGGAUUCCACACCGUGUAUUUGGGAUUCCGGGUACUGGUACUCGAUUCCGUAUUCUUUGAAAUUGGAACUUGGAUUUCAGAUUCCAAUCGUUAGUGGGAUUCUGGAUUCCUUGAGCUGUAUUACAGAUUUCACAAGCAAAACUUCCCGGAUUCCGGGAUCCGGACGGCACGGGAUUUGUUUUGCUGCCUCAGGUCCCCGUUAGUUUGAGAAUGCAAUGACUUCUUCUGCCCGCAACUAAAAAUUAUAAACUCUAGACGUUCAUUUCAUCGUCACUGUUAACUUAAAUUUGUCUUUAUCAGUCCUUUGAAAACUUAGUUCGAUUCAUCUAGUCGAGAAAAAGUUGAUUUUGACUUCAAAACGUGAGAGUCUACCACUUAAUGAUUUUCCAGCAAAUAACCGCACUUUCUCCUUGUUGAAAUUCUUGAAAAUAGAUUCACCAGUUAGUUUUAAAGCCAAAACGUCCGUUACUUUUCCGGUAAUACCCUCACAUCAAUCUCUACCACUUUCUUGCAGAGGUAUCGAGUGAACAAAUUAUUAGAGGACGAGACGGGAUUGGAAACGGCGCGCAUACUCACGUGACCCAGCCAGAUGUCAUAUGCUGAUUGGUGAAUUUUGCCCAGUGUUCACGUGCACGGCCGAUUUGCACGUUUUGUAGAACCCGAGCUGAAAUAGCGCAAAAGCGGACAUUUAGAGAAACAAAAAUGAUACCAUUUUACAGUUUCACUUUUUUAUUACGUACUCUCUUCUUGGCCAUCUAAUAGGCAGCUUUAGCAAAGACAAGGCGACGCCAGUGAGGACAGCGCGCGCAGAUCUAACAAUCUCCUUAACUAAUGGCCGAGCACCGGAAGUGGCGUUCAGUCCUUUUCGCGCGCUUUCGCUUUCUCAUUUGAAGUCGGUUGUCCUAGCUAAAUCUGCCCCAUUGACUGUCCAAAGCACCCUCCUUUCUUCUAUGCAUUUUUUUCUGUAUUCCAACUCGUUUCGAUCUCUGACUUUUAACUCUUAUACAGAUCUCGUGUAAAUAAUUUAUAUAAAAUCUUCGCCUAUCUUGUGAAUAAAUAUAUUGAAUUUUAGGAAGAGUGUAAUAAAGACUUGUACAAUAUACAUUUUAACGAGCAUUAUUAAAAAU